AUUCAUAUUUUGCACUCUCUCAUAUACAAGAAGAACAACAAAAAUGGCCAAGUUAACCGCCCUUUUCACCAUCGCCGCUCUCCUCCUCCUCCUCAGCUCUGAUCUAACCUCCGCGGUUCGCCCGGAGCCUGCUUUCUCCAACAGCGCGCUCAAAACCGCCCAACACCAAGAUGUAGGAGCAGAUCAGAACAUUAAUGCCGAGGAUGGCGAGGUUAGCUGUGAAGGAGUGAACGAGGAGGAGUGCCUGAUGCGAAGAACCCUGGCUGCUCAUGUGGAUUAUAUAUAUACUCAGAAGCACAACAAGCCUUGAGAAUUUGAGAUCCAAUUACUAUCUAGCUAGCUCCAUCUUCAAUAUAUGCUAGCUACACUAUUUGUAUUUGGUGAAACUGUAGCCAUGCAAAGAAACAUAGAAAGGAAACUAAAUUGUCAAAUUACUUGCAUCAUGCUACCCAUGGUGACAGAAAAUAAUAAUAAUGGAAAGAAUGUUUUUUUA